UGUUUCUCUGUUGUUAGCACAGUAGCGCGAAGCGUGCGUAUAAAUUGUACGCUCGCACAUUCAUCCGCUCCGUCAGUAGGAGCACGCCUCUGAGACUGUGGCAUCGCAACCGUCGUGGAGUUAAGUGCGAGGAACUGAAAAAAAUCCUAAAAAUGGGCUUCAAAUUCUCCAUAAUCUGUGGCAUGUUCCAAGUGCUGCUGGUGAUUUUGUUUUCCGUCUUGGUUGAUUACGGCCAACACGCUUCUCCACCGCACAAACGAAAAGGUUCCGCAGGAUCAGUUGUGAAUUCCUCUGAGACGCUCGCCGUAAACGAUGUAACUGUGUACUAUUCAAGUAAGGGUUUUCUUUAAUUUGUUAUUUGACACCAGUUCUAGAGGUAGAUUAUUACUAUCGCCGUUAUAUUUUAGAUCUAAUGUAUUGUGCAAAAGGCGGAAAGAGGAAAAUUUCGUGUCUUCUACUAGACAUACCAUAAAAAUCCUUGAGAAGCUAAGCUAAUUUAGUUUCAGAACUUGAGUCUGUUUCAGAACUUUUUGGGGGCUUUUUUUUUUGAGCGACUUUUCCAUUUGCCACGCGCCUGAAAAAGUUGCAGCGGAUUUUGAUUAUAUUGAAAUGGGUGUGUUGUAGCUCGGCACAAGUUAUUCAUAGGGCGUUAAUCAAUUAAGCAUUGAUUCCUCUUCAUGUCUGCGGGAUAUCCUUUGAAAAAAGAUAUCCAAAAAUAGGAAAAAUUGCAUACUGGCGCGUUUUUCAUGCUGUUAGCAAAAUAGAAAAAUAUUUUCUUUUAAAUUGCUCCAGAAAACCGUCAAAUCUAUAGAUCCUGCUGUGCAACAAGUUAGAGAAAAUUAACAUGAUGGAAUUUCCUGAAUUUUCCAUGUGGUUUCCUUUAGUUUUUUCUUUGUCACGUACCCAGAUAAGUAUGGUUUGAUAGACUUAUCAAGUCAUUGGUCUGAAAACGGAAACCAACAGAGAAAACGGAAACCUUUUGGCGAGACCUUAAGGUCAGAUUGCAAAUAACGUUGAAUACGAGAUCUGCUACUUGAAAUAUUUGGCAAGCAGUACAGUUUUAGAAUAACCUCAAAAGGAAAGGAAAGACGAAUUACGUAUCGAUCAGAGAUAGGAAAUUUUUAGCGCUUUCGUGAGGCCUCGUGAUAUCGAGGCGUGCGUCACUCGUGAGCGAUCAAUGGUGUUUUUUGAUUUAGACAGGUAAAAGCGCACAGUUUUUUGGAUCCAUGACAGGAGAAAGAAUAACAAUGUUGGCAACGAAAGUAAUUUGUUUUAGUAGCAUGUUCCGCUUGACUUCUAUGAAUAUGAAUAAACUGCAUUUUUCUUUAUAUCAUAAGUACUUUCUAAUCGAAUUUCUUGCCACAAUCGACUGACAAUUGAAUUGGAUGGCGAACUGAAUAUGUUUCGACAUAGCCCCUUCUGUUUCGGCUUGUGCUUGUUUGCCAUCAAACCCCGCCUUUAGAUUUCUAUCGCUCCUCUGAAAAAAAAAAUUAAGGUUGUAACAGCGAAAGACUGAUUGCAUUUUAAAAGUCCCUUAAACGCCCUGAGAUGGGACAGCGCCCACUUUCCUUCCAGCCUCAUAACAACAGCGCGUAGUAAUCCGAUUCUAGGAGGUUUCGGAGUACAUCGUAAUGUUUACCAAUUUUUUUUACCUAAAAUAGCUGCUUUCAAAAUUACGAAUAAGCUGUUGAAAGAUCGAACGUAUGGGCCGGUUCGGCAACAUGAAAAGGUAUAGGGUUUCAAAUCCAUCGAAAAAAACAAACAAAUGGCCUUCGGGUAUAAAAUAAUAUUUUACAUUAUUGUAGAGUGCGCUCAGCUUUCCGCGUUAGGUUACUUGGAGAUUCCCACAAGCUGUUUAGUACUGAAUAUUUGAAAUUUGUUUUAAACGCACGCAUACUUUAUAUAUCAGAAUAAGGCCAUAUUAUAAAGCCAUGUGUUUCUCAUUAAGAGCCUCAUAGUUAUAAAACUUGCUAUCGUUUUAUUGUCCUCUGUUCCAUGCCUUUUUAUGUCAACAACACGGAGUAGUAAUCGAAUAUCGUUGAAAUUAUACCGAGGGAAAAUGCAUUUUUUCUGAACUUCGCGAAGCUUAACAUUUCAUGCUAGGUUAGGAAUAGCAAUUAUAAAACAUGAUAAAAAUGGAAUAGAAAAAGUAAUUGAAAAGAAUGUUUCUCAGUCUCACAUCUAUUAUUGAAAAAAAAAACAAAAAAACAAAAAAACAAAAAAAAAAAACGGAACUCAACAACAACCCUAAAAAUUGCUCAACAAGAAUACACAUUUGGUUUUAUUGAGAAUUCAGUGUACGUUUUCAACUCGUCUUCGCACAAAGGGGGGCUAUAUCAACGGCUUAUCCCUAUGACAAUGUUUUAACAGCCAAUCUAACUUGAUUAUCAAGUGAGCCUAUUAUUCCAAAUUCCUUGGCAAAAUAUCUCAUCGUUUUCGACCCCACCGACGAUGAGUAGUACUUGUAUUGAUAAGAUCUUCAGGUAACAUGUAAUAUAUCUGAAAAGCCUACGUUUUCGAUGUCAUUUUUUAGCGCUUCAAGUACAUGAAAAAAAAAUUAUAUAUCCCUCUGAUUUACUCUUGAAUUGUGGCACUUAAGUGAAACGCAUUUGCCAACCAGCCAGCCUGUGCGAUUGAUUACACUCGGCGUGUUGCGGGCGUGUGGUGGAAGAGGGCGUAUCGCGCGUGUAUUAUUUUCAUCACCGAGUUCCGCCUCAAAGUCCAGUCUUCCACUUUCUGUCGCAUUUCUACCUUCGAAAAAACCUUUUGGAUUAACCAAGCAAUGGCAAGGAUUUAAAAUGGGCAACUAAAAUAAUUAAGGUCUUGAAAUCUGUUGGCGAAAGUUUCCCUGAGAAUGAGUCACAACAUGCACUGAGUGUCAAGUCCAAUCAAAAUAUUUACCCUUUCAAGAAGACUGUUAGACCUUAUUUACAUCGAGGACAUGGAGUAGAAUGGAGUAUUGAAUCCACUCAGGUCAAAACUCGCAUAGGAGGUUUAUGUAACUCACGAAAUUAUAUAUGGUUGUAAAGUUGCCGCUAGUUAGUCAAAAACCAAGGAAUCGAGACAAUUGAGAUGCGGCAGACGGGCAACAAGUUAAGAGAGACAUCACCAUUGAUCGACACUUUGAAUUCUAGCCUUAUUUUUGAGGAAUUAAGCGUCACUUUCCAUAAGCAACGGCAGAUUUGACAUCAGCUACUUGAAGACGGCGAGAAUUUGUUAUCAUUACCCGGAAACAGAUACAAUUCGCCCGCGGCACUGAGGAAAGCGUUACAUCUUCUUAAUAAGGACGUCACGUGCUCCUUAGUCGAAGUAACGAUAUUUUCGAGUAAGUUGAGAGUUCAUAAUAAUAGUUAUUGUGACUGGCGCUCCGAGAUGGACGAUACAUUAGAUUCCUCGCAGCGACAACCGCUACAAGUGAGCAGUCCCUCGCAAAAGCGAACUCGCCGUAAUGGAACAGCGGUGAAGUUUACACUUGUUACAAUGGUAUUUCAACUUGUUCUGAUCGCCGUCUUUUCAGUUCUUGUUGAUUACGGCGGCCACUCCCUCCCGCCUAAACCUGUGUCUGAACAAACCAAAGCUACUGGAAGUAAUAAGACUGUGGCAGGGCAGAAACGGCAAGAACCACCGUCACCGAAUGAUAUCUCGGUUUAUUACCCAAGUAAGAUCUUAUAAGUUUUCAUAUGGUCAUAUUUAUUGGAGAUGUCUUCGAUAGACCUAGGAGGCUGUUAUUGAUAACUUUAAGCUUUUUAGUUGGUCAGGUACAAAUCACACGUGCGCUUCUAUGAGGAUAUUUUAUACACGGAUUGCAAAAGAACAUUUAAAACGUUACAAAGCGUAAUUUCGUAAAGCGAUAGCUCGUAGGACGCAGUGAUUUGAGUGAUUUGUUUUGAAACGACCUUGAAUUAUUUGAAGCGGAACUGAACUGAAUCCUAAUCAAGUCAAACGCAGUGAUGCAUCUUAAAAGUCAUCGGAGCGCUCAGUUUCUGUAACUAUGAAACUUUUUGCAGCAACAUUUGAUUCGGGUGGUAUGUGAGGGAAACUUAUGCGAAAAACAUCAGAAAACUAUCAUUGAAGAAAAUAUUACAGUUAUAAGAUGAUUCCAAGACACGUGUUCUCUUAAUGUUAUACAAUAUUGUGUUUACGUCACACAGGACACGAGGUCCUUUGCCACAAAGAGUUCUUUUGUUAAGAAGUGCAUUCACUUUUCGGUGACAAUAGAUUUUCGACUCGUCGCACAUCGCUUAAAUGCUACUAAAUGAGCUGCUUCGCAACGUUUUACCGUCUUAAGCAUGUUUAAGUGAGGAAAAUUAGAAGCAACUUCCAAAUCGGACAAGUGCAGGCGUCACACAUUUGUCCUCAGGUGGAAAUCUUAUGAUCGAGGGUUGCAAUCGCGCCCAAUAAGUUAGGACUUCCUUUAAAUACACAUUUAAAUACACAACAUAAUAUUCCAUCAACGAUGCAUAAUUUUUUUUGCAAUGCGAAGGUCACACCUAAUAUUUGUGGUUUCAAGGAUCUCGUCACUGUAACGAAAGCAAGAUAUCUCAAUUUUCGCACCUGUGUUUUCUUCGGUUCGCCCGGCAGAGAGGAAAAAAUUAUAAUUCGGUCGCAAUAUCACCAUUUGACAGUUUCAAAGAGGUAUAUUAGAAUAUGCUAUGGUUUUAAAAUAACGCAAAUAUUAACAACGAUGAAACCCCUGUAGCUAUCUCACUGAGCCCGAAGGGUUUCUUCAUACCAAAAAUGUUUCUAACGGUUCCCUAGGAUGGUGGCUUUUUUUUUCAAAUGAGAGGCCUGACUCAAGCCCCUCGUUCGUGUUGCGCGAAGCGUGCGUGACGUUCGAUCGUUAGAACCUGAGGCUCCUGAAGAGCUUUUUACGAUCGAGCUGGCGCUCUCUUCACACCUCGAGUUCCCUUUACACUUCGCGCACGAAGCUUUUUUCAAUACCCUCCUCCGCGAGUUAGUUUGCAGGCUACACAAUCAGCGAAAUUGUGUUCUUUAACACGAAAGCUAAGCUUCUAACGAAGUUGGACGUCUUAACAAAUAAACCUACCAGUGGUGAAUAAGAAAUAAAGCAGGAAACGAAACAAAAUAUUAUAUACAAAUUUGGACUACAUUUUCGACUCCACAAAUGUAAAGAGGCACGCCGUAGCUAUGGAUGUAUCAGUACACCAAGGGUGUUAAAGCACACUGCAAGUGUCAAAGUACAUGACAGGGCAUAGUAUAAACAUAAUACAGUUCAAAGUGUACUGCAUUUUCGAGGAGCGCUCAAUUAAUUCGGCAGACUUGGGGGAUUCUCAUGAUCCGAACAAAAAUACAAUGGUACACUCCGAUCCACGUACAAAGCUAGCGGUUAUCACUCUGAUUCUCGGGUGACGUCGAUAUCAGGUGACGGUCAUUUCAAAAACGUUUUCGUGAAAGUAUAGUUUUUAAGUAUAUUACAAGAAUUAAAGAGAUUUUCACAUGAACCGAGAAAAGUCGGUUUCCAAGAAUUCUCGUUAUCGGGUUUACAAAGUUACCGAAAGAGUUCUCGGUUUUUCCGAGAGUUCAUGGGAGAUUCCCUCAGAAACGUAAUUACGCAAAUCAUAAAAUGCCGACGAACGAUGAAAAAUUCUACGUUGCUGCACGCAUAUUUUAGUUCAUUCUUAUUGUUUCGCACCACGGGUUGGGGUACUACUCGGGUUGAAGGCACGCCCGGAAAAUAACCUGUACGAAAUCUACCAAUUGUUUAGAAGUACUUUAAUGUCACAAUUUCAGAUCUCGCGACAGCAAGCUAAAUGUGAAGUCAAAAUUCUGUGAAGCGUAAGCCCGUUUAUGACACGACUGUUUUCUUAUCUUGUUUGAAGAAAAAAAUAUAAAACACUGUUUUCAAUAAUAGGAUUCUUUCUCACUGAUCUUUCAAUUCCCCUAAUCACGCUAGUCCCACGAGCGAGCUGAAAUCGGAUUUGUUUAAUUUUAAGAAGGAAUGAUAAUCUUGAGUGUCCGGCUUUAUUGCUAAUAAAAACAAUAAAAAAUAUCGUGACUCAAAGUUAAUUACAGCUGUCAACGGAGUGUAAAACACUAAUCGCCUUUUCCAUGCUUGUGUAUUAUGAACUACAUGAGAUGCCUUCACAUUAACGAAAAGGAGCCGAUAUCACUAUAUAUCUCUUCACCCCAUUCCGACCCGGAAGUAAAUGAUCCAGUUGUACUUUCCCAAUAGGUGAUUUCUUUUUUUUUUUGAUCAACAAUCUUUUGUUCUCUGAAGAGCCAGGCGCAAGGUGAAUUAACGCGUGCACUUUUAAAUCGCGCGCAUUUGUUCUGAGUCGCUUUCCUUUGAUCAAGAACGACCGUUGUAAAUUCACCUUCACAGUAUCAGAGAAAAUGUAUAGAAGACAGUAUGACGCAUAAACAGACUGAUGUGAGGACGAAGAGGGGUUAAAAUUUUUAGGCAAUUUAAAGUAAUGAUCACAGCUCUCAAACUCUUAGGAGUGACGAGCAUCUAACUUCUCUAUCCUUUAUCACCCCUGAAAUAAUCUAAAGGUUAUGAGAAUAAAGGAAAUGGUCACCAACUUAAGGUUAAACAAAUUCUCCUCGUCAAUACCAUAAGAAAUUUAUAGAGACAAGUAGGGAGAAUAUGCAUAAUGAUGUUGGAAUGACCGGCUUGGUUACUUUUACUCUUGCCAAAUAGACCGAGAUAUGCUCAACUCCUCUCCGUUUCUUCCACAGUGUUCCAAGAUGUCCAUGUUAUGAUCUACAUCGGUUUUGGUUUCCUGAUGACCUUCCUGAAGAAGUAUGGUUAUGGUGCUGUAGGUUACAACUUCUUUAUCGCCGCUCUUGUCACUCAGUGGGGUACAAUUGUAACUGGAGGUUUAAAUCAGAUUUACGGCGAAGGAAACGAACACAUCGAGCUCAGCAUACAAACGUAUGUAGAUGAUUUUUCCUGAUUCGACUAUGCAGUAAAUAUUGAAAUUUUACGUAGCUUUUCACUCUCCAGAUCAAAAUUUUCGGCAUCAUAUCUACAAAGCAUCUUUUGUAAUUUCAGCCCUGAAAAUUUUGUUUUGGAGCCAACGGUAUCCCUUAGUUGAUACACCUUUUCCUUCUGCUCACCUUUCUGUUCAAAAGUUUAUUGAUAAUGUAAAGAGAAAUUCAUUUUUGGUCACCCCUGGGAGUGAAAGAGUUAAUACUAUGAAAGAAAUUCUACCUUCCCUUCAGUUUAAUGAAAUGUAGGAGUUGUGACUCAUAGUGGUCUUCUUUGUUACCAUUGGACUCCAGUGAAGGAGCGUGGAGGAGGUCGGAGAAUUAACCCUUCUUUCUUUAGGACAAUUUCGGCCUAAAUUUCGAAAGUACCCGGAUAUUUGCUUGAUUUUGCUUUAUUUCGUUCUGUGAUUGGUCUAGAAAUUCACGCCAUCUUCUCAGCCAAUCAGAUGCAAAACUUAAACCAAUCACGACUGGUAACUGGCGUUUUCCCGCGCUUCAGCCAAAUUGCUUGUUUUUCUUCGUCUUCUCAUUGGGGUCCUGAUAGGCCGUUGUGAUUACUUUUGUUUCGGUUUAACGACUCUUGAUCGAAAUGUGCACUAAGCCAGAGCUCCGUCUGUAACAGCCUAGUCACGUGACUGGCCUACCCUGGGUGCACCACGAGUAGGUGGAGCUCGCCAAGGUUGAUUACCCAGGAAGCCAAGCAGACAUGCGCGUGCGCCCUCAGUUCGCAAGAUGCGCUUUAUCAAUCCUUGCACCCUUCUCGACACUUUCGCUCCCAGGUGUGACCAAUGAGUAAAUUCUCCUCGCAACAUUACUUUCUUUUCAUCCAGAAUGGUGAUGAGAAAAAAGAAUAACAUCAAACCACGGGAUAUGAACUGAAGCAACACCAGAUUCUGUUUGCUAGUAUCUAAAGAAAUGCUCGCCAGACAACGUAGAAAAAGGCAUAGAAAUUGUAGUGUGUCUGUCAUAACCUUCUUUUCCUCACAUCUGAAUAUAGUUUGGUUACAUCAGAGUUCGCCGCUGCCACGGUCCUCAUCACUUACGGAGCGGUCCUGGGUAAAGUGAGCCGCCUGCAACUGCUGGUCAUCGGCAUCCUGGAAGUAGUAUUCUACGCCAUCAACGAACUGAUCGCCAUUGAGUUCCUGAAGUACUCUGAUGCUGGAGGAUCCAUAAUCAUUCACAGUUUUGGGGCGUACUUCGGGCUGGCCCUGUCCCGGAUGUUACAUGACAAAAAGGUCUUGGACAGUCCUAAGGAAGCAUCCGUGUACCAUUCUGAUCUCUUUGCUAUGAUUGGUAAAUAUUUGUAGUGCUUUACGAUUUUACCAGCUUAAAUAUUUGAACCAACUGGCUGUGUUGGUCUCUAAUAACGUUUUCAAGCCUCCUACCUCGAAAAAGAAGUUUCGCUAAGUUGCUCUUUAGACUACGUUUUUCCGAACAACUCUCUUUGAUAAAGAGGGACUAUCAGGAUGUUGAUGAUGGAAGAAUUAACAUUUUGUGACAUUUAGGUACUGUUUUCCUUUGGAUGUACUGGCCCAGUUUCAACGCUGCCUUAGUGGCUCCUGAUUACGUUGCACAACACCGCUCCGUCAUUAACACGUACUUCUCAUUGGCUGCUGCUUGUGUGACCACAUUCGCGCUGUCGCCUCUCUUCCAGAGAGAAGGAACCAAAUGGAGAUUGAGCAUGGUGAGAGAUAAUGACUUUUUUAACCUGAAAUCUCUCCACAGUUUCAACACAACGUCUUGUGCAAGAAAGUGGGAGAAUUGUGAUGAACAUCAGAUAGUGAAGGUCAAAUGUUUAGAAAUUAUUUCUUGUCUUUAGGUUCACGUUCAGAAUGCCACUCUCGCCGGUGGUGUUGCCGUGGGAACAGCGUCGAAUAUGUCAAUCAGUCCGUGGGGGGCUCUUUUGAUUGGUUGCUCUGCCGGAGCACUGAGCACUGUGGGAUACGCAUACCUGACAGUAAGUAUUAAUAAUACAUGCCAUGUCUAAGUAUAGAAACCAAUAAUCGUAGCAUCGAUUUCGAUUUUGGAGUGGUAAGUUUUACUUCACAUCGAUGUGCGUCUCUUCUGCAGCCAUUCUUGACGAAAUACACCAAGACCCAUGACACGUGUGGUGUACACAACUUGCACGGAAUGCCGGGAAUUCUUGGUGGCAUCGCGGGCGCCGUUGCUGCUGCGCAUGCCGAUGUUAACAAAUACGGAUACGAUGGGUACGUCAAAUUUUUUAUAUCGUUGAGAUGAUUUCCUAAAAUCUGACAUAGCAGUCGAUCGUUGAACGUGAACGAAUGGCUUCACUUUGCCCGCCGAGGCGUUUAAUUUUCCUGUGUUAUAGUAUCCCAAUAGUAAUACCGAGAAUUAUGCCGAACCUUUCAACAAGCACCGUGUAUUUUGUCGAGAACAUUUGAAGGACUUGUACAUCUUUGAAACUUCAACCUGAAUGUGCAAAUCGUGUGAAUUUCUAUCCUCACCCCUGUUCGUUCUUUAUUUGUGAUUGUCUGUUUUGUGUCUUGAUAUUUCUCAGCCUGUUCAAUCUGUGGGGUGCGCGUGCUCCAAAGAUGAAUACCACUGAGUACUAUGACCUAGUCAAGAUGGGCAUGACGUUUGAUGCUGGAGAUGGUCGCUCAGCCAAAGCUCAGGCUGGUUACCAGAUCGCCGGUUUAGCCGUCGCUCUUGGAAUUGCCAUCAUUGGAGGAAUUGUGACUGGUAACGAGAAUUGCUUUAUUUCCUAACACACGCAAUCAAAGGUUAAGAAUCACGCUGAAAUCAAGCACAGCAAAGACUGAAAACACCCGAGUGUAUUUUCUCCCAAUAGAAUGAAAUUUAAGAUGUUGUUUUGUUUUUAAAAUUUAGUCAGGAAAAAAUAAGUGAAAAAAAAAACUAACAUUAAUUCCUUCCUCACUGAGUUUUGGCUCGCGAGACGGACUUCAUCGAGGAACCGCUCGUAGUUUAAUAGCGUUAAGAAAAAAUAACUUUAAAAAAAAUUGAUGAAGCUACGGUCAGCAAGCGUUUCGAUCUCAUUGAUAUUUCGAGAAUACAGAGUGCAGACAUAAGAACUGUAAGUUUUUUGUCUCUUAAAUGAGAUUAGAUUAUAAAAAUUAACUUUAAAAAGCAACGAGGUUUCGACCGCUCAACGGACAUUUUCAAGUUGAAGGAUUAAUUUUUUAUCAUGCGCUUAUAUAAUCAGUUGUAAAAAUUAGAUUUGAUAUCUGAAUAAUUUUAAAUCUAACUGAAACCUCUUAAAGGGAAAUUAAAGGCUUUUAAUUUUUUUUGUGUGUACUGGUCUUUUCACGCAGGCUUUAUUGUGAGGUGGAAAAUCUUUGAUCCACCCUCUCAAGAACAGAUGUAUGAUGAUGAUGAUUUCUGGGAGGUAAGAUAUUUUUCAGUGGCUAUUAACCCUUUACAUUUUAGCAUCAAUAAUUUAUAUUCUCCUCACUGUCCUGUUUACAUUCCUUAAGGUACUUAUAAGUUGAAUUUGACUGACAAUCGGGAGCUUCUAAAAUUAAUGAUCGUUUCCUUUUUUCUCAGCUCAUGACCUUAAUAUUCGAUUUAAGGGUGAUAUUGUAAGGAGAAAUUGGAAGCUGGUCACUCUCAAAGGGUGCGGCAACAGAGCAAUUUGCAGUCGAGUGUCGAAAGUAACUCGCGCUACUCUCUCUCCUGACGAGGUUUACAUCUCGCCCUUGUUCCGCGGACAGUGUACCCAUAAUGUACAUUUUCAUUAACUGAACAUUGAAAUAUUUUCCUUGCCUUCUGUGUUAGGUCCCCACUGAAGAGGCAAGCGAAGAUGUGGAGACAGGGGACGGUUUCACCCAUGAGAAGGAGGAUAAACUGUAGGCUUCUAACUACUGAAAGGAAAGCCCCUUCAGUCGCUGUAUUAUUUUCUUUGACAUAAAUAACUGAUAGGUUUUUAUAUUACGUCUGAUAAAUCGAUAACUAAGUUUUAAACUUUGUUAGGAAACAUGCUAGUGAUUUACAAGUCUUGUUAACAAUUAACAAUUGGUUCAUACGUCAGCGUGCGUUCAUCGAGAUAUGAAGCACGCGGGAAGUUUGGAGAACACGAAAGAUGCAACCCUAGCUUCUUGAGUGCUCUCCAAACUUCCCAAGUGCUUUAUAUCUCGAUGAACGCACAGCUGACGUAUGAACCAAUUGUUUUAUAACAUUUUCAACCCGAUGGAAAAUUUUUUUCUCGAGGGAUAUGUUUGCUGACUUCAUAAGCGUGCACACCAGGAAUAUGAAGCACACUCACGCAAUUUAAUUUGAUUAGACAGAUUUACUAGUUAUGUUAUAACGUCAUUUUUAUGCCAGAGCUCUCUGGAAUUGGGAAGAGAAAACAAAAUUGUUAUGAUUUUGACACGGUCAGAAAAAAAUCUGCAGUAAUUCGGCAGUCAUCUGAUAGGUGAAAUCUGAUCUGGCAUCUUUUUUUUAAUUUUACGUAGCUUUUACGCUGAUGUUCAUAGAAAAAAUUAACAGAUGUUAGAAAGUAAUUUUUCAACAAUGUGUUAUUGAUAGUAAAUUCGUAUAGUUUUCCCUUUAACCCUUUAAAACUCAAGAGCGAUCAGCUUCUAAUUUUUCUUUACAGUAAUGCUUUCGAAUCAUUCGUUAAGAUUAUGAGAAUAAGGAAAAAAUCGCCAACCUAGGAAGCUUUGAUUUUUAAUCGAAUUCUCCUUGUCAGCACUUCAGGAAAUGUAUAGAGAACAGUAUGGAGAAUAUUGAUACUGAUACUAGGGUGUAAAGGGGUAAUGUCUUCGAUGAUUUGUUUGAAAAACGACAUAAGCUAGUGUUUUUGAAUAAAGCUCUUUGUAUCAGUGGGCGCGUUUCCUCCCUUUUUUUACAGUAGUUGAACUUUUUAUCACACGUUUAACAUUUUGGUUGAUAUAUUAGAUCGCGUUAUAAAAUAAAAAUUUUAAAAAGAGCGUGGUCUAUUAAGCGUGGACAAGGGAAAUAUUACGAUUGAUAUUUCUGGGUUUUUCUUAUAAUAACAGUAGAUUUAGUUUGAUUAACUUUUGGAAACUUCAUAACAUUGAUUCCACAAAAGCAAUUUUUGGUUAAAGAAAAUCAAGGGCUGAUUAAUUCGAAGCUUAAACACCA